UGUGCCGAUUGGAAGAAAAUGUAUUUUCCUCUGCGAAAACAUUUGUUUAUGAUCGAUUUGCAAUGGUGAAAUAAGCGCUCGCAUGGUUGUGUUCCGUUUCUCGUCGAAGUGCACGACAUACUCGAUACAAAGUCAGUCGCGGCUCGAAAGAUGGCUGUGCAAUUAGACACCAGCGGUAAAGAUGAUUUGAAAACGCAAUUCGUAACUCGCGAAGGAGAGUACAGAUUAAUGACGCUGUCGGAAUACUCGCGGCCGAAUCGUGUCGGAUACCAGAACAAUCAGAGCAGUCCCCAGGUGCGCGUGUCGAUCGUUUCGCUGCCGUCGCCCCCGCCCCAGCCACCCAUCAGCGGUGGUGUCGGUGGUGGUGGUCAGCUGUCCGGAACCGCUGGUUCCACCAGUGCCAGCAACAGCAACAGCAAUAAUAUCACCCUCACUAAGCAGCAAUCGUUUUCGAACGGCCUGGAACACCAGACGGCGUCCGGAUACAGCACACCGGUUGGCGGUGACCGGAUAUGCUUCAAUUACGGCAAGGAGCUGUACGUUUACUCGUACCGGGGAGCGAAGAAGGCAACGGACCUCAACAAACCGAUCGACAAGAAGCUCUACAAAGGAACGUCGCCCAGCUGUCACGAUUUCAAUGGAACAGCGGCGACGUGCGAGGGCGCUCCGCUAUUGGUUGGCUUCAGCACCGGCCAAAUCCAGCUCGUCCAUCCGGGCCGCCGAGAACAGGGAAAACUAUUCAACGAAGAGAGAAACAUUGAUAAAACUAAAGUUACCUGCCUAAAGUGGAUACCGGGAUCUCAGAAUCAGUUUUUGGUUUCGCACGCAAGUGGCUGUAUAUACCUGUAUAACGACGAACUUCCGUGUACGCCGGCCACCCCGAGCUACCAGACGUGCAAGGGCGGCGAUGGCUACGUGGUGCUGGCCAGCAAGUCGAAGGCAACGAAAAACCCACUGUACAAGUGGUGCUUCGGGCAGCACGAGAACGCGAGCAUCAACGAAUUUUGCUUCUCACCGUGCGGUCAGCAUCUGGCCGUCGUGUCGCAGGAUGGCUUCCUGCGCAUCUUCCACUACGAGCACAUGGAGCUGGUAGGGAUCGCUCGGUCCUACUUCGGUGGCUUUCUGUGCGUUUGUUGGAGCCCCGACGGGAAGUACGUCGUCGUCGGCGGCGAGGACGAUCUGGUGACGGUGUUUUCGCUGCACGAGCAGCGGGUCGUGGCACGCGGGCAGGGCCACCGAUCGUGGGUGUCGGUGGUAGCGUUCGAUCCGUACACGACCUCUUACAGUACGCUCGAUGGGGACGAUCUGUCGGACGAGGAAACGUCUCUCAGUGAGCAGCAUCGCAACCAUCAUCACCAUGGUAGCGGCUACAGUCACCCGGAUGGUUCGAGCGCUAGUGCGAAGCAACCUCAGCAACCGCAUGAUUCGAGCGCGUGCGACAAACUGACGGCGCAAAAUAGGCUCGCCACGUGCUAUCGGCUCGGCUCGGUCAGUCAGGAUACUCAGAUAUGUUUGUGGGACAUAACAGAGGACGUGCUGAGGCAAUCGUUCGGUCGUGUCGUUAAAUCUACCAAUCAUGCAGGCAAAAAGGAAGUAAUGAUCAACGGCUUGUCCAACGGCGAAUGUGAAAUCGGUGCAAAGGGGGAUAAGUUCAGCCUCGCCAAAGGCAGCAAACCAUCGGACGAUGUAGUGGACAAUGCUAGCUUUAAACAACAUAUAACCCCCGCUACAUUAGGCGCAAUUGGUAGUAAUAGUUUGUAUAGCAGCAGCAACAUCAAACCGACUAGCAGUAGUAGCACGUAUGCUAACAUGAAUUGUGAUGAUAAAGCUAAUAGCGACAGUAGCAGUGAUAAAGAAUCGGUUGAUAGUAAAAUUGGUAAGCGAGCCAACAGCAGCGGCACGGCCGAGGUGGAGGCCACUGGCGCGAACAGCAGCAGCAGCAACACGGUGCCCUCGAAAGGGUCUACUACAGGUGGGAAAAAGUCCAAGGGUGACAGCGGCCAGCAGCAGCAGCAGCAUUCCAGCAGCACGUUCAAUUCAAUAACGCAACGUUUAACGAGUCUUAGCUUCGGAAGCGGUGGCAGCGGGGCCAGCAGUACCAGCAGUGGCAGCGGCAGCAGCUGUGAUAAGAAUGACAAACCGAGUGGCAAGGCUACCGGCGCAGGUGGCACCGGUGGAGGCAGCAGCAAGCGCAGUAUCAUAACUAUAGGCAGUAAAGGUUUUAGCAGCAACAGCAAUAGCAAUAGUCUAAACAACAAUCAUCAUGUUCUAAACAGUAUAAGUAAUAGUAAUCAAACGGGCUCCGGCUCGCCAUCGGGUGGUGGCAUGACCUCAACGCUCACGUCGAUCAUGACGUCGUCCCUGACGAAGGGGAAGGGAUCGGGCGGAGGUGGAGCCGGUGGUAGUGGCGGUGCCAUCGGAUCCGGUGGCUUCGCUCCGUGCGGCCGUAUCGUCUCGUCGUACGAUCCAAUGAAGCUGAUUGGUACACCGGCCUGCCCGCGGUACGACGACUGUCCAGUAUUAGAGCCGCUAAUAUGUAAAAAGAUUGCCCAUGAGCGGCUAACGGCGCUCAUCUUCCGAGAGGACUGCUUCCUGACCGCAUGUCAGGACGGGUACGUGUACACGUGGGCGCGGCCAGGUUUUGUUAAUAUUCCACAGCAUUUAUCUUCAACACCUUCGGCACCACCAGGGGGAACGGUAGUGUAAAUAUUUUGAGUUAAUAUUGAAUGUUCACAACAACCCCUUAGCCAUUACAAAACGCAAAACCUAUUACAUGUUCUUUAUGUUGCGGAAUAAAAACAUUUUAAUAUCCGUACGAAUAAGUAAAGAAUAAGUACGUGAACU